UUUUCUAGAGUCCACUCAGUACUUCUUGAACCGGUCUAGAUUCUAAAACUAACAGUAACGGAAACAAAACAAUAUCCAAACCAAACCUCAUCUCUCCCCCUACCAACUGAUGGGUUUCAACAUCAUCAAAUCCUCACCUAUUUCCUCUACCAAAACCAUUCUCUUCGCCACCACUCCUAAACCCACUCUCUUCAAGCCUGUCUCUCCACCCCACUCUCUCUCUACUUCUAUCUCCUUUAACAAAUCCAAUUUCAGAUUUUCCUCACCAGAACUCGUUCCUAUUUCCCUUUCUGUUUCUGGGUUUAGUGGGUCCUUCUACAAGAGUAACCGUACCUUUCGUGGUAGUGUCAUAGCCAUGGCUGCUCCUGGGUCCGUCCAGAAAUCAGACGAGGAGUGGCGUGCGAUUCUGUCUCGUGAGCAGUUUCGCAUUUUGAGAGAGAAAGGCACAGAAUAUCCAGGCACAGGGGAAUAUGACAAGUUUUUCGAAGAGGGUGUCUACAAAUGUGCAGGCUGUGGUACUCCUCUUUAUAAAUCCACAACUAAAUUUAAUUCUGGUUGUGGUUGGCCAGCUUUCUUUGAGGGUCUUCCUGGAGCAAUAAAUCGCACUCCGGAUCCAGAUGGCAGGAGGAUUGAAAUUACAUGCGCAGCUUGUGGUGGACAUCUAGGACAUGUUUUUAAAGGGGAAGGAUUUCCAACACCCACGGACGAACGCCAUUGUGUGAACAGUAUAUCACUCAAGUUUGUUCCUGCAAAUUCUUCUCUGUGAGAUUAUAUUAUUUACUGCUAUCUCAUUCGAAUCCAUAGCGUUAUGUAUAAAACAUGGAAAUAGAAAAUGUUCAUGCAAAUAAAAAAACUGGUGCUUGGCUUAACGAUGAGCUACAGUUUCUUAGUCGUAGAUUGGAGGUUCUGUAACAAAUAGAUGUUACCUGUAAGCGGGGCUCUUGUGCUAUAAAUUGUGUGUGGAAUGGAUAUGGGUUUACCUCUCAAAA